GAAGCUGUUCGGGGGCGUCAUGGCGGAUCCGACGGAGGAGCUCGCCAAGCUCGAGUACCUGUCGCUCGUUUCCAAAGUCUGCACUGAGCUCGACAACCAUCUGGGCAUCAACGACAAGGACCUAGCUGAAUUUGUGAUCAAUCUUGCAGAGAGAAAUACAAACUUUGAUACUUUCAAAACAGCCCUGGUGAAGAAUGGGGCUGAGUUCACGGAUUCACUCAUCAGCAAUCUGCUCCGUCUUAUACAGACAAUGCGGCCUCCUGCAAAAGCUUCCACUAGCAAAGAUAUUAUUAAACCAAAAACAGAAAAAGAGAAGUUGAAGGAGUUGUUUCCAGCCCUCUGUCGGCCAGAUAAUCCCAUGGUGAGGACAAUGCUAGAUGAAGAUGAUGUGAAAGUGGCUGCUGAUGCCCUCAAAGAGCUGGAAGCUUUAAUGCCAACUGCAGGCAGGCAGGAAAAACACCGGAACAGUGAGGAUCAAGCCAAGAAAAAGCAUAGGAGUCGCAGCCGUAGUAGAGAUCGAAAGCGGAAACGAAAAUCCUCCUCUCGUUCCCGGACACGGGAACGACAUAAGGGUAAAUCCAGAUACCGUUCCAGCAGCAGAAGUCCUAGCUGGGACCAUAAAGAAAGAGAGAGACCUGGAGAGAAAAGCAGUGAGAGAUGGAGGGAUAAGCAUGUGGACCGUCCCCCACCAGAAGAGCCUUCCAUUGGUGACAUCUACAAUGGCAAAGUUACCAGCAUCAUGCAAUUUGGGUGUUUUGUUCAGCUUGAGGGACUCAGAAAACGCUGGGAAGGAUUGGUCCACAUCUCAGAGCUACGUCGGGAGGGACGUGUUGCUAAUGUGGCUGAUGUGGUGAGCAAGGGCCAGCGGGUCAAGGUCAAAGUACUCUCCUUCACUGGCUCAAAAACUAGCCUUAGUAUGAAGGAUGUAGAUCAAGACACAGGAGAAGAUUUGAACCCAAAUAGACGUCGCAACCUCAUUGGAGAGUCUGAGGAGACAGCCAUGAGAAAUCCAGACAGACCCACUCAUUUAUCUUUAGUCAGUGCUCCUGAAGUGGAAGAUGACACACUAGAACGAAAGCGUCUCACCCGUAUUUCAGACCCAGAAAAAUGGGAAAUCAAGCAGAUGAUUGCUGCUAAUGUACUUUCCAAGGAGGAGUUUCCUGACUUUGAUGAAGAAACAGGAAUCUUGCCAAAGGUUGAUGAUGAGGAAGAUGAGGAUCUGGAAAUUGAAUUAGUAGAGGAGGAACCACCAUUUCUGCGAGGUCAUACAAAGCAGAGCAUGGACAUGAGCCCCAUUAAAAUUGUGAAGAACCCUGAUGGCUCCCUGUCUCAAGCAGCCAUGAUGCAAAGUGCACUUGCUAAAGAGAGGCGAGAACUGAAGCAAGCCCAGCGGGAAGCAGAGAUGGAUUCUAUUCCCAUGGGACUCAACAAACACUGGGUGGAUCCCCUUCCAGAUGUGGAUGGAAGGCAAAUUGCAGCCAACAUGCGGGGUAUCGGCAUGAUGCCCAAUGACAUUCCUGAGUGGAAAAAACAUGCUUUUGGAGGCAACAAGGCCUCUUAUGGCAAAAAGACGCAGCUAUCAAUAAUUGAGCAGCGAGAAAGUCUCCCAAUUUUUCGUCUGAAAGAUCAACUCAUCCAGGCAGUCCAUGAUAACCAGAUUCUGAUUGUCAUUGGGGAGACUGGCUCUGGGAAAACUACACAGAUCACACAGUACCUUGCUGAAGCUGGCUACACCUCCCGUGGAAAGAUUGGCUGCACUCAGCCUCGUCGAGUGGCUGCCAUGUCUGUUGCUAAGAGGGUUUCAGAAGAAUUUGGUUGUUGUCUAGGACAAGAGGUUGGCUAUACCAUCCGAUUUGAGGAUUGCACUAGUCCUGAGACCGUGAUCAAAUACAUGACAGAUGGCAUGCUGCUGCGUGAGUGCCUGAUUGAUCCGGACCUGACGCAAUAUGCAAUCAUAAUGUUGGAUGAAGCCCAUGAGCGUACUAUACAUACUGAUGUACUCUUCGGUCUCCUGAAAAAGACAGUUCAGAAGAGACAAGACAUGAAAUUAAUAGUGACCUCAGCUACCCUGGAUGCAGUCAAAUUCUCUCAGUAUUUCUAUGAGGCACCCAUCUUCACCAUCCCUGGUAGGACAUACCCGGUUGAGAUUCUCUACACCAAGGAACCUGAAACAGAUUACUUGGAUGCCAGCCUGAUUACAGUCAUGCAGAUUCACUUGACGGAACCUCCAGGAGACAUCCUGGUGUUCUUGACUGGCCAGGAGGAGAUUGACACAGCUUGUGAAAUUCUCUAUGAGCGGAUGAAGUCUCUAGGUCCAGAUGUUCCUGAGCUGAUAAUCUUGCCUGUUUAUUCAGCACUGCCUAGUGAGAUGCAAACACGGAUCUUUGAUCCAGCUCCCCCGGGAAGUCGAAAG